AAUUAUAAAGUAACAGUAAGAGUUGAACAUAACGGAGACGGAUGACUGUGCAAGUGGUUGUUAUAGUCUGGGGAAUACAAUUUAUUUUUUAACAUUUUGGUUUUUUUUUAAAUUAUAAUAUAUUUUUUUAUUUUUUUUGGAGUACUGUACAUGAUUCCGGGAUAUUUCUAAUGCAUUAUUUUAUGCGAAGGUAGAUAGGAUCGUGUACGAUUUCACUCGGAACAAAUUCUCCGAGAUCGUAACGCAGAUCGCUUGACUACCCGGGUAAAAUAAGACCGCAGCACGGAGCAGGGGCAGGCGGUCCUCUCCUGAACACGUGUUAUCAAAUUCCUGCACCACCUCCAGUCCAACAAUCACCACCACCGUACAACCCCGAUCCUACGGUUGGCAGACCUGUAACACGCAGUCAAACCCGGCUGGGAGACCAGGGAGGUGCCGACGUCAAAUCGCGCUCACCCCUCAACCCAUUCGGACCUGACCCCACAGCUCAGUCCACCCCGGACUCUGCGUGGUCAAUCCACGACCCAUCCUCCUGGAGGGGCACAGCCGGCAGAAUUGUGGAUUUUCUUAGUCCCGACACCACCAUGGACAGUAAACCGGGUGGGCAUCGUGGUGUCGUGUUCCGACCCUGGACAGCGACUGAUAUUCAACAGGCAGCCUCUCACCUGCCCGACAUCAAAAACGGUGCAGCCUUUGGAAAAGAGUUCCUGGCCUUCUGUAAAGAAUUCAUGCCCACCGGACCCGAGAUCCAUCGUCUUCUGGUCAAACAUGUGGGCCUGAGUGAUUUCAGUAAAAUCAGAGCGGUGGUCACUGGUCAGGGCUGUGACUCCCGCCACGAGGCACCCGACUGGGAUCAUGCAGAUAACGUCGCCUACAGAGCAUUUGUCACCGCAGUGUGUGCAGCUGUUGUUACAGCUUUUCCGGCAACAGUAAACAUGGCCCCCAUCAACAGCACAAAACAAGGUAGGACCGAAGAUGUAACAUUUUACCAUCAGCGUCUUGUGGCUGCUUUUCAGAUUCACAGCGGCCUCGAGGAGCCCACAGACAUAACCAACAUGACCGUGUGGGAAACUCAUCUCAAGAACGCCUUCAUGAACGGGCUUCUGCCAGACGUCAAAACUGCCACUGAACACUCUGUCGUGGGUCUGGAAGAUGCAAGGCUCACAGAAGUGGUAAAACAUGCACGACACAAUUACAAAAUGCAUGUGGAAAAUCAAAUGCGUCAAGACAAACGCAGCAAGCAGACUGGGGAGAAAGCCCAGCUUGCGAUGCUCCAAGCUUUAAAACAGUUGACACUGGGUGCAGAAGGAGGACGAGACCCCCACCCAUCCGGAAAUUUUUAUGGGAGGGACCAACAGAGAGGACGAGCGUAUGGAAUAAAUCAUGGGAGAAGACGGCGUUUUCAAGGAGGGGCCCCACGAGAAGUGCAACCCGAUGAAUGCUUCCUCUGGCGAAACAGGACAUUGGUACCAAGACUGCCCCUCCCGUUCAAACCUGGUACGUCAGCCACGUGGUCGACAGCGCCACUCCGGGACUGACAGAGGGGGUCAACAAUUGGGCACUUCAGACUGACGGUGUGUGUGGGAUGGAGAUUGCACGUGUGAAGGGAUGACUACUGCUGCCUCUUCAAAACAGGGAAGUGAAACACACCACACACACACAAUGCUGCAACGAAGACCUGCUUCCUCGCACGCACACCCACAUACACACGCACACACACACACAAUGCUGCAAUGAAGACCUGCUU